UCCAAUAUUUCGGGUAAAAAAAAAUAAAACAAACUAAAAGUACACAUUUUAAUUUCUAGUUCCGCGUUCUAUAUGACUUAAAGUAAUUCUAAAUGUUUGCAACUAAGGUACACACAAAGGUUUCUCUAAAUUAUGCAGGGAAAAUGAAUGUUAGAAAUACUUAGUAUCCACAAAAUAGGGAGGCCAGGGGACCAGCAAAAUGAAUGUUAUUUUUACUCGGUUACUGUAAAACUGUUUUGCUGGAGUUUAAUUCUAAUAUUGUCUUUUUAAAAUCUAUAUGCCGAUUAGCCCUGGAGGAUUAGUUGUAUUGGUCAUGAAUUCAUUUGAUACUUAUAACAAAAUGAAAAAUGAAGGAUACAAAGAAAAGAGGAAAAGGAAUUCCUACCACUAUUUCUGAACCAGAUAAAUGGCUCGUUUAAGUUGGGAGCUGCCCGAGUUUUCACUGGCUGGCCAAUGCAGUGCCUAGCACCAGCUAUCCAGGACGAAGCUAAAAUGAACGGGGCAGGGGAGCAGGCCGACAUUCUGCUGGCCAACUGCAUGGUCAAGGACAGAUGGAAAGUGCUGAAGAAAAUUGGAGGAGGAGGGUUCGGUGAGAUCUAUGAAGCCUCGGAUCUGCUGACAAGGGAGAGUGUGGCAUUGAAGGUGGAGUCCGCCCAGCAACCAAAACAGGUCCUCAAGAUGGAAGUAGCUGUCCUGAAGAAACUGCAAGGAAAAGACCAUGUUUGUAAGUUCAUUGGUUGUGGAAGAAAUGAAAAGUUCAAUUAUGUGGUUAUGCAACUUCAGGGAAGAAACCUUGCAGACCUCAGACGUAGCCAGCCACGUGGGACUUUCACAAUGAGCACAACCCUUCGAUUAGGAAAGCAGAUCUUAGAAUCAAUAGAAGCCAUUCACUCUGUUGGGUUCCUCCACCGGGAUAUCAAACCUUCUAAUUUUGCCAUGGGACGACUCCCUUCAACGUAUAGGAAAUGCUUCAUGUUAGAUUUUGGCCUUGCACGACAAUACACUAACACCAAUGGAGAAGUAAGACCUCCUAGAAAUGUUGCUGGAUUUCGGGGAACUGUUCGUUAUGCUUCAGUAAAUGCACAUAAAAACAAAGAAAUGGGUCGACACGAUGACUUGUGGUCCUUAUUUUACAUGUUGGUUGAAUUUGCAGUCGGACAGCUACCUUGGCGCAAAAUUAAAGAUAAGGAGCAAGUGGGUCAGAUCAAGGAGCGAUAUGAUCACAGGAUGCUGCUAAAACACAUGCCUUCAGAGUUUCAUAUCUUCUUGGAUAAUGUAUCAAGCCUUGAAUAUUUCACCAAACCAGACUAUCAGCUUUUAAUGUCAGUGUUUGAGAACAGCAUGAAAGAACGGACGAUAACUGAAAAUGAACCAUUUGACUGGGAGAAAGGAGGAACUGAUUCAUUAUUAUCAACCAGCACCUCUACCCCACCUCAGCACAACACAAGGCAGACUGCAGCCAUGGUCGGGGUUGUCAAUGUCACUCCAGUGCCCGGUGAUUUACAGAGAGAAAACACAGAUGAUGUUCUGCAGGAUGAACACCUCAGUGACCAGGAGAACGCCCCUCCUGUCCUGCCAGGAAGGCAUGUAGAGGGCCAGCUGCCAAAUGAAGGGGAGGUGUGGGAAGACACCGACUUCAACCGCAACAAACUCAGGAUCAGCAUCAGCAAGGCUCAGUCUGCACUGGAAGAGGAUCCCAGCCGAGGUGCCUGUCCCAUUUCCCCUGUCAGGGUUCCUCUAGAAUCCCCAAGUGUACAAGUGCGAUCUCUCCGGUAUCGAAAGGUCAACAGUCCCGAAUCUGAACGUUUAUCAGCUGCUGAAGGAAGGACAGAUAUUCAGGACAAAAGGUCAAGGAUGGACAUUCUCGGUUCUCCUUCCAGGCAGGUAUACUCUUCCCAACCUGCUCAGAUGUUGUCUGUCGAUACCGGGCACUGUGACAGACAAAUCUGUGGGAGGAUAGAGGUGUCUGCAUCAGUCGAGCAUGAGGCCCUCAGCAAUGCUCUUAAAUCUGUCCCCCUGGCGGAGGAGGAGGACUUUGAUAGCAAAGAAUGGGUAAUCAUUGACAAAGUGACUGAGCUUAAGGAUUUUCAUCCCGGAGCCGAGCCCAGCACUUCUGGAACUACAGACGAUGAACCAGAGGAGCUUCGCCCCAUUGAAGAUAAUGAGGAGAGGAGAAGACUGGGAGGGGCAGAGGUUGUGGUGCGGCCAAAGGAAGGGAGGACAAGGGGCAUGCUCACUGUGGCCGAGGAGGACACUUCUCGUAAAAGUGGUGGGCAUGGUCACUCAGUAUCAGAAAGCAAGCAAGAAGUGCUCAUGGAAAGCCAGGCUCAGUCGCCGUGCCACUCACUGCCUUCUACUCGCCCGAAAAGGAGGGAAUCGGAGCCUGCAGGUCCCCAACGACAGGUACUGUCAUCCAAACCUUUUGAACAGAAUGGUCUGCCUUUGUUGCUGCCUUCUUGUCCACCUUAUGAAGAAUAUAGAUCAGGGGACCAGGCCCCUGAAAAAGAAAUGAAACCAAACAGCCUACAACAACAUCAAAGAACAAAGAGAGUGGAUUUCCUAGCAGUCGUCUUGACUGGCCACUUGCUGCAUCGCCAUGAGUUUAAUGUAACGCCACUUGAAGAAAAGUAUGAAGAGAAGCAGGACGUGCUAAAAGAAGCAGCAGAGUCCCACAGCGAGUCAAGCAGUGAGCUCAGUCAGAAGAGCACAGAGCGUAGCCAGGAAGGAGCCCCAUCCACUCUCCUUGCUGAUGAUCAAAAAGAAUCCAAGGGCAGGGCCUCAACUGUAGAGGGAGACCUUGAAAUGGAAGAAGGUUCUAAAACUUUGGUCUUGUUUUCUCCAGGUGAUAUGAGAAAAUCCCUAAUAGCUGGUGACCUUGCACCAGAUGUAGAUUUGGGAACAAUGGCUGCCAUCACCCCUCAAAGUGAGAGACCUCAGCCCAUGGGCAGCCAACUGGAUGUUUCCGAGCCAGGGACUCUGUCCUCAGUUCUCAAAUCUGAACCAAAUCCACUGAUUGCAGCCACCGCCACAUCUUCUCCAUUCACCAAAAUUGAACGUACAUUUCUCCACAUUGCUGAAGUGUCACACAUGAACAUCAUGUCUUCCAGUGGCCAGCAGUUUAGACAAGACGACUUUGAUUUCUUCAGCCCAGCUGAAGAGCCUUUGGCUGAAGAAGAGUUUCAAGAGAAAGAAACAGUGAAGGUGACUGGUGAGUUUAAUUCUACUGAAAAGGAGGCAGAAGUUGAAAGUUCUGCACCGGCUGCUAUUCAGUCAAAAACCUCUACUCAAAGACCUGCGAAAGAUCUUAAAAUCCAGAAUGACCUUGAUAUUUCAGUUGAAAACCAACAUGACCAGAUGGCAGAAAAAGAUUUGCCUGGUUUGGUCUCUAUAGUGUCUGAGCAAAACAUUGUGGAUGCAGAUGGUUUGCCACAUGAGGGGCCUCUACCUGAAGUUAAAGAAGAAGCUGAAUUACAGUUAGAAGGUCCCAGUGUAUCUGCAGAGAAAGCUAUUCCAAGUAAGGUCCUAAUGACCAGAUUUAAGAGCCGAAUACCCAUCUUACUGUCUGAAGAGGACACUGGUUCAGACCAUUCAGCUUCUCUUUCUUUCAAAGAACAGUUGUACAAGAGGGCAAAGCAGCCAGAUCUGGCACGCUUAAUAAUGGAUAAACGCCAGGGCCGAUUGAUGAGGCUGACCUCAUUCUCGACCUCCUCUGCAGAUGAUCGAAGAAGAGCCUCAGAAACUCUGUCAACCACAGGCUCUGAAGAAGACACCCAUGACUCUGAUGAUUCCUUCCCCAAAAAGGCAUUCAUACAGAAGGCAAAAUCCUUGGACAAGGAGCAGGAAAUACAAAGGCCUAAGAGCAGAAUCCCCAGACCUGUCAUGCCUGUAAAGAAGGUUUCAACCCAUUUAGGAUCUGGCAUCCCCUCAUCACCCCCCCAGACAGUACCUAGUGCUCAGAAAUAUGAAUCUACAAUUGUAAAUGGGCUUCAAGUGCAAAAAACAGGGAAUGCAAGCAUUAAUGUCCAUUAUGACCUGAGGUCAAAACAGCCCCAGCCUUCACCCAGCCCAGCGCCUUACCAUGAAAGCCCCAGAAUGCCCAACCGUGGAUCACCUAGGAGCCACAUAUUCCCCCCUCCACGUAGCCUCAGUGCUUCCCCCAGGAGCUACUCCACCUCCCGAACAGACAGCCCUUCCCCAUCACACCAGCGGAGGCAGCCAGUGACCACUGAAGUCAAGAGGCAGUAUAUUUCAUUCCGAUCAAACAAUGCCCCUCCAUUUAAGCCAAAAGCUCAGGCUGCUGGGAUCACAGACGACUCUUCACCCCUGUCACCUGCUGGCAAGCCUGGAAGAAGGAUGAGACCUAAAAUACAAAUCCAGCCCACCAAAGGAAAACAAGAAGCCUCUGAAAGCAAGUUUACUGCCAGAUAAUAACCUUACUUUUUAAAAGUCUGUCUUGCAUGGCAAUUCAUGCUUAUAAUCUACCUUGCCUCAAGUCCUGGGCCAGACCAAAUGCAUGUUUGUGGUUUCUUUCUAGCUUAAGAUAUCAUUCUGUAAAGAAACUGAUGAAUUGGCAGUGGCAUUUUUCCCAAUCCUGCCUACCUGUAUAUUAUAUAGAAACAUAUAAAUGUGUAUUUACUAUAUAUAGUAGGGCUGGAUGUAUAUUCUAUGCUAUGUAAUAUUAAUGUAGUGGGAUCUUUAUUCAGUAGUAUUAUGGUACUGCAAAUCACUUGGUGUUGCAAUAAUUGUGUUUUGAAUUGAGAAUGAGGAAAGCAUGCAUUGAUAUCAUUGUUCUUAAUAGACACAUUAUGAGUUGUAGUGUCCAUUGACGUACAUCAAGCAACAGUU